AUGAUGGAGCUGAUAAAAUCUGAAAAAGAUUAUAUUGAAGAUUUGUACAAAUGUAUCAAAUACUAUCUUACUGCCUAUCGCUCAGCGCAGGAGUCCCUUCCGGCGUCUGUUCGUGAUAAGGAAAAGGAGAUAUUCAGCAAUAUCGAAGAGCUUUACAAAUUUCAUAACGAGAAAUUUUUGCCCGAAUUGAUCAAGUAUGAAAAUGAUCCGGAAGAUGUCGGAUAUUGUUUUAUCUUUAAUGUCGAGUCACUGAACUCCCUGUACACGGAAUAUUGUGUGAACAAGGAGCAAAACAACUAUAUUAUAGCACUUCCGGAAGUCAUGCAGUUUUUCUCGGAAAUUCGUGAAAGGAGCGGUCUGGAGCACAGCCAAGAUCUGUCCUCACUGGUGAUCAAACCGGUACAGCGAAUUACUCGAUAUCGGCUGAUGCUUGAGCAGCUAUUGAAGAACUGUAAAAAUAAUGUCGAUGAAUUAAGGGAAGCGUAUGACGUUGUUGUUAGUGUGCCUCGGCGAGCCAACGAUCUGAUGCAUCUCGGCAAUUUCGAGAAUUACCAGAAGCUGGGUGUUAUCGGUGCUUUUGUUAUGCAAGAGCCAUUCAUGGUCUGGGACCCAAAAGCAUAUUUCAAGAAAGCACGUGAACGACAGGUCUUUUUGUUCGAACUUUGCGUCGUGUUCGCCAAAAAAAUCGAACUGUCCAGUCGAGCAGUCAGAUAUGUCUACAAAAAUCACCUUAUGGCAAAGGGCGACUCGAGCAAAUUUGCCUUACGACAAGGAAACGUGCCGAACACCGAGAUGCGCACCGAGCUCAAGGCUGCAAAUGAGCAGUGUAAGGUGCACUGGGUGAAGAAAAUCCGCGAAUUAAUGCAAGGACUGAUGACUGCCAAUCUCGGUAAUGUUUUUUUGAAGUAG